UUUUAUAGAUCUAGUUUGAUAUUCUCUCUCUUUUGGCAUGUUUUAGCAUCUUUUGCAAACUAGUCCCCUUGUUCCCAUGACAUAUGCACAUGCACAUACUGAAUUUCAUCUACAACGUCAUGUGCUUGCUUUACAGGUAGGUGAUCAAGAAGAAAAGUUAGCAGAAGGCAUCAAGCUAUAUGCAAUACCAACAACUGCAACAACAAAGGGCACUAUCCUUGGGGAUCUCAUCACGGUCUAUGCUAAAGGAGGAAAGACAAUAGUUUUCACACAAAAACGAGAUGCUGAUGAAGUAUCUUUGGCGUUAACUAGUAGCGUUACUUCUGAGGCUCUGCAUGGGGAUAUCUCUCAGCAUCAACGCGAGAGAACACUAAAUGGUUUUUGACAAGGCAAAUUUACUGUGCUUGUUGCCACAGAUGUUGCAGCACGUGGGCUCGAUAUUCCCAAUGUGGAUUUGAUUAUCCACUACGAACUGCCAAAUGAUCUAGAAACCUUUGUCCACCGCUCUGGCCGUACAGGUCGUGCUGGGAAAGAAGGCACUGCUAUUCUUAUGUUCACUGGUAGUCAAAGGAGAACCAUCAAAUCUCUCGAACGCGAUGUAGGGUGUAGUUUCGAAUAUAUCAGUCCUCAAAUGGAAGAGGUCUUGGAAUCUUCAGCUGAACAAGUUGUUGCUACUCUUAAGGGAGUCCAUCCUGAAUCCAUCCCGUUUUUCCUUCCAGCUGCUCAGAGAAUGAUCGAAGAACAGGGAACGGAUGCUCUCGCAGCUGCCUUAGCUCACUUGAGUGGUUUCUCUCAACCCCCAUCCUCUAGAUCUCUUGUCACUCAUGAACAGGGAUGGGUGACUUUGCAGUUAACACGCGAACAGGGAUUCUCAAGAGGGUUUCUGUCAGCCAGAUCUGUCACUGGAUUUCUAUCUGAUAUCUAUCCUGCAGCUGCCGAUGAAGUCAGAAAGAUUCACUUGAUUGCUGAUGAAAGGGUUCAAGGAGCUGUUUUUUAUUUGCCUGAGAAGAUAGCCAAAGAGUUAUCUACAAAGCAGACUCCACCUGGUAAUACCAUUUCCAAGAUUACGAAGUUGCCACCAUUGCAAGAUGACGGGCCAUCAGGAGACAACUAUGGGCGGUUUUCAAGCAGGGAUCGAGGGGGCCGAGGUGGUUCGAGAGAUCGAAGAUGUUUCAGGGGUUCACGAAACUGGGGCCGCGCAGACUCUGAUGAUGAAUAUCAAUUCAGGCGAGGUGGGAGGAAUUUCAGAGGUGGGAGUAACCAGUCUCGGAACUCUUGGAGAAGUAAUGACGAUGAUGAUUGGCUCGUUGGCAAUAGGAGGUCAAACCGAUCAUCCUCUUUUGGGAGUAGGGACAGAAGCUUUGGUGGUGCAUGCUUCGUCUGUGGCAGAACUGGGCACAGGGCGGCAGACUGCCCAAGUAAGCAAGAUUUCUAAAUGGAUCACCUCUUCAACUGUUCACAGCCUUCUCUGUCUGAUUUGUGAUAUAUUUUCUGAUCAUAGUUGGUUAGAAAAGCUUCAAAGAUCUGAAGAGUUUUUUCACUCACUCUUGUCCACUUGAGAUAAGAGAAUUCUAUGGUGCCAUUCUCCAAUGACAGUUACAGGGUUUUGUUGUUGUUGUGCUAGAGAAAUUUACGGUAUGUAAAGCAAGUGUUCUUAUCGAAUUUUGACAUAUCUAUAUCAAGAUAUGGAAUGUGCACGCGUGUCCAUGCGUGUGGCAUUUUAAAGCAAUCUGUUUUGCAAGUA